AUGUCCCGGGUCGGAGCGGACACGGGCGCUGCAAGCCGCGAGCAAGCCAUUACGAUGACGCAUGAGCGCAUCUGGGUGGAUCUCUCGUUUCUGGUGAUCUUCACAAAGCCUGACCGCCCACAUCUUCCCCACAUAAUCAUCAUAGCACUCACUAAAUGGAUGCAUGUCGUACGAAACCUACUCCAAGUCCUGAGAGUUAGGACUUUUGUAAUACACGACCUCGAUGGGCACCGUAUUUCAGGCUCCGAAUUUGGUGUAUUAAAAGAUCCUAAGACUGACAGAUGGAGCAUAUCGAGUGGGGCAGGCACAAUGGUGGAAGUGAGGUAA